AUGUACAAGCCUGCCAGCAAUCUUGGCUGUGUCCAGGUGAAGACAAAUUUUGAAAGCUCAGCCUUAGGAGAUUUGACAUGCACAGGCAUCAGUGGUAGCGGGGUAGCCAGGAGCUUCCUCCUGAGGAAUUGUUUUACUUUUCUGAAGCAUGUCCACAUCCCUGUCCAAGGGACGCGAGAAGUAAGGCGCCGUUUGAAGUCUGUUUGCUGCACACAGCUGAGGCCGGCUUCGCAGGGAGGGCAGCCUCAGUCACCUCUGCAGCAUCCAGCGUGCUUUUUCCCUCACUUGCGAACAACUGCGUUCGAACGAGGCAGUCCGAGCCUUCUGCAGAAAACAAGCUCUCUGAGAGUCCUCUCGCUACUGCGUAGUCCUGGAAUAUUCUUUUAUUCGAAAGGCCUCGAGUUGAUUCCAACCGGGUUCGGGUUAUUGUUUUCACAACCGAUAGGGGGCAGCAGAUGCACCGCGGUGCCCCGGCGACGAGCAGGAAGAGCGCCCUGCAGUCCUGGGAAUCCGACUAAUUUAAACGUUUGGGGUGGAAAGCGGGACCCACCGCCUCUGAGUCUACCGCAGCUGCCAGGCCUGGGGCUUGCGACCCUGGGUGUCUGGGGGCUUCCUUGUGCAAGGGGCGGGCAAAGCCCAUCUGUGCACCAAGCAGUGCCUGCAAACUUAGCGUCCAGUAUAAAUAAAUAAAUUCAGAUGUAUUCGAAUGCUAUAAUGCAAUAAAUAAAGCAAUCUGAAAGAA